AGAACAAGGAGAAACAUCCUCCUUGCUGUGAAGAAUAAUAUUAGAGUCCCAAAAUGUCUCUGCCUUGCUUUAAGCCUUUGGCUUCCACUCUCAUUGGACAAAAGCUACCACUUCAUAAGCCUUCUUCCAUUCACCAUGAUGAUAAGCCUAGUCUUACCAAACUAUACCCAUCACGCCGCAGAGUAGCCCGAAUGCCAAUCAAUAUGGCACUUACUACCACUGAUGAACAAGGCAUCACACGGCGCAUUGGAAAUCAUCACCCCAACUUGUGGGAUCAUGAUUUUCUUCAAUCCCUCCCUAAAUCUUAUGACGCUCCAUGUUAUGGUGAACGUGCUGAGAAGGUGAUUAAGGAGAUCAAGGGCAUGUUCAAUGCCCUUCAUCUAAACUCUUCAUCUGCAGAUGAUCUUUAUAAACGUCUUUCAAUGGUGGAUGAUGUAGAGCGUCUUGGAAUUGACCGCCAUUUCCAAACUGAAAUAAAAGCAGCUCUCGACUAUGUUUACAGGUAUUGGGAUGAUAUGAAUGGCAUUGGGUGUGGUAGAGAGAGUCCUUGCGCGGAUCUGAACACCACAGCCUUGGGCUUUCGAAUUCUUCGCCUGCACAGAUAUGGCGUCUCUUCAGGCAUGUUGCUACAGUUCAAAGAUAAUGAUGGACAAUUUUUAUGCUCAAAUACUCUAUCAAAUGAGGAAUUAAGAAGCAUUCUAAAUUUGUAUCGAGCUUCACUCAUCGCGUUUCCUAAGGAGCAAGAUUUGGAUGAUGCCAAAGCAUUUUCUACUAAAUAUUUAAAACAAGUUCUACCAAAUAUUAAUAAUACUAAUAUUUCAAAAGAGAUAAAAUACAAUCUAGAGUAUGGUUGGCACACCAAUGUGCCUAGGUUGGAAGCAAGGACUUAUAUUGACAUAUAUGGAGAUGCCAAGACCACAAACAAUAUUUAUAACUCAAAACUUCUAGAACUAGCAAAGUUGGACUUCAAUAUGAUCCAAUCAAUUCAACAACGAGAGCUCCAAAUUGUCUCAAGAUGGUGGAAAGAGUCUGGUCUAGAUAAACUAGAGUUUGCUCGUCAUCGCCAUGUGGAAUUUUACUUUUCAGCAGCUGGAGUGUGUAUCGAUCCAAAAUAUUCUACUUUUAGAAUUGGGUUUGCAAAGAUGUGUACAUUUCUCACUUGUUUAGAUGAUAUUUAUGACACUUACGGAACUUUGGAUGAACUUAAACUCUUCACACAAGCCAUUAAGAGGUGGGAUUUAGCAUUCAUGGAAGCACUUCCGGAAUUUAUGAAAGUGGCAUUCAAGGCCUUUGAUGAGGGUGUGAGAAGCAUGGCUCAAGAGGCUGAAAAAACACAAGAAAGAGACAAACUUAACUAUGCACGUAAAGCUUGGGAAAUUUGCAUAGAUUCUUUCAUGGUGGAAGCAACUUGGAUUGCUACGGGGUAUAUACCAUCUUUGGAGGAAUAUUUAGAGAAUGGAAAAGUAAGCUUUGGGUAUCGUGUUGUGACCUUACAACCACUACUAUCAUUGGAUGUGCCCAUUAAUGAUGAUAUUAUAAAAGAAAUUGAUUACCCUUCAAAGUUCAAUGAUCUUCUAUGCUUAACCCUUAGAUUAAGAGGUGACACAAAGACUUUCAAGGCUGAGGUAGAUCGUGGAGAACUAGCAUCGGGCAUAGCGUGUUAUUUGAAAGACAAUCCUAGAUCUACAGAGGAGGAUGCAUUGGAGUAUCUCAAUUCCUUAAUUGAUGAAAAACUCAAGGAACUAAAUUGGGAAUAUUUGAAACCUGAUAAUGUUCCAAUAAUCAGCAAAUAUCAUAAAUAUGCAUUAUCAAAAGGUAUCCAACUUCUCUACAAAGAAAGAGAUGGAAUUAGUGUCUCAGACAUUCAGACAAAAAAACUUAUCACCAAAGCCAUGAUUGAACCGGUACCUAUAUAACUUUUUAAUUAGAUUAAAUAUAUGGAGUAUUAAGAAAAAUGUCCUUUGAUUGGGGGGACACAUGUAAUGCAAGGGUUAAAACACUUGCUUGGUAAAACUGCCACCAAGGUUCAAAUCCUCAUUGGGCAGCUAUGUGUGUAGGCUUUGUUCUUUUGUUGUGUUGGUGGACUCACAUAUGUCCUUUGAUAUAUUGGAUCUAUAAUAACGAGUCUAGUUUACUAA